GUGUCCUAGGCACUACCCAGCCUGAUUGCUAAUCUGCAUUCAGCUUUGACUAGUUCCUCCCCAGUUUACCUCCACCACAGCCCAGCUCCCCUGGUGGCAGACCACCAAGUCUUUGCUAUGGCACUGUGGUCGCUACUCAGCACCCUGGUCUGGAGCCCUGGGUCUGUCCUGCUCAUGCUGGUUCUCCUGCUUCGACUAAGUGUGUGGUUCUGGCAUGAGUCUCAUCUUUGGGACCUCCAGCAGUGCUCCACAGACCUAACUGGGAAGACAGCAGUGGUGACCGGUGCCAAUAGUGGCAUAGGGAAGGCUGUAUCCCAGGAGCUGGCCCGCCGUGGGGCCCGUGUGAUCCUUGCCUGCCGGAACCAGAAGCAUGGACAGCAAGCCCUGUCUGAGAUCCAAGUAGUCUCAAAGGGUAACUGCCUCCUGCUUGGCCAGGUGGACUUGAGCUCAAUGGCCUCCAUCCGGAGCUUUGUCCGGUGGCUUCUGCAGGAGUCUCCUGAGAUACACCUGCUGGUUAACAAUGCUGCAAUCUGUGGAAUCCCCAAGACACUAACCCCAGAGGGCCUUGAUUUCACCUUUGCUACCAACUAUGUUGGGCCCUUCCUGCUUACAAAUCUACUCCAAGGGGCCCUACAACGGGCAGGGUCAGCCCGGGUAGUGAAUGUGUCUUCAUUUCGGCAUGCACAUGGCUAUGUUGAUGAGAAACAUCUGACAGGGGCUGGGAAGCCUUUGGCUUUUAACCAGAACUACGAUUGCAGCAAACUGCUCUUGACCUCCUUCACUGGGGAGCUUGCCCGGAGACUUCAAGGGACAGGUGUGACUGUGAACUCUGUGGACCCAGGUGUAGUGUACACAGAGAUCAUGAAGCAGUUCUCUUGGCCAUACCGAUUCUGUUUCUGGCUCUUCAGCUUCUUCUGUAAGAACACCAAACAAGGGGCAAUCCCAGUCCUCUACCUGAGCUUGGCAAAGGAGCUGGAUGGUGUUUCUGGAAAACAUUUUAGCAGUUCCUGUAUGAUAACUCUUCCCACUAAAACUGCUCGGGAUCCUCAAGUGGCCCAAAGGCUCUGGAAUGCCACAGUCCAGCUAACAAACCUAGAGAAGAUGGACUGACCCUCUGCGACCCCUGCCCUAACUUGUCAUCCUCACAGGCUCCCA